UCUCUGUCAUUCAAAAUGUCCAUUAAUCUGGUAUUUGUUUUUCAGUAUGUCCUGUCUGUCCUGAAAUUUACCUACCCCACAUUAUUCCAAGGGUGGCAGACUCUCAUCGGUGGACUUUUGCUUCAUGUGUCAUGGAAACUGGGCUGGGUGGAGAUCAACAGCAGUUUAAGAUCUAAUGUUUUGGCAUGGCUUCCUGCUUCAGUGCUGUUCGUGGGUAUAAUCUACGCAGGGUCCAGAGCUUUGUCCAGACUGGCUGUUCCUGUGUUUUUCAUUUUGCAUAAUGUAGCUGAAGUUCUCAUCUGCGGGUACCAGAAGUGUGUCAGGAAAGAGAAAACAUCGCCCACAAAGAUCUGCAGUGCCCUCUUCCUUGUGGCUGCUGCAGGGUGCCUUCCCUUUCAGGAUGCACAGUUUGACCCAGAUGGAUAUUUUUGGGCUGUAGUUCACUUAUUUUGUGUAGGAGCUUACAAAAUACUUCGGAAAUCCCAGAAGCCCAGCGUGUUAAGUGACAUUGACCAGCAGUACUUAAACUAUAUAUUCAGUGUGGCACUCCUGGCAUUUGCAUCGCAUCCCACAGGUGACCUCUUCAGUGUCCUGGACUUUCCAUUCCUGUAUUUCUACAGAUUCCACGGCAGCUGCUGUGCCAGCGGAGCUUUAGGCUUCUUUCUCAUGCUCAGCAGAGUAAAGCUGAAAAGCAUUCUGGCCCCAGGGCAGUGUGCAGCCUGGAUUUUCUUUGCUAAGGUCAUGACAGCUGGCUUAUCACUGCUGCUGUUUGAUGUGAUCCUGACCAGGGCAACCGUGGGAUGCUUCCUGCUGGGUGGACUUGGUGAGGCCCUGCUAGUGUUCUCGGAGCGGAAGAGUUCCUGAUGAAGAUAUGGGCAAGGAGAGGAAACAUACAACUUGCUGGCUGACCACACAGCACCCUGGCCUCCCUCUUGAGAGGCAUAGAAAGAACACACUACAGUGAGACCAAGCUGAGCUCAAUACUCCACUUUCUCAUUGCUUAGGGCAGGGUUUCCUAGGGGCCUCUGCACCACUGCAGAGAAAGGGUGUGUCCAUCUUACAUCUUCCCAUGCUGGACCUGGGCCACUCUGCUGCACCAGUUCUGCUGAGUCAGGAAGCAGAGGACCUUAUUGUGUCAUCUGGAUGGACUGCAGCCUCUGGACACUAAGCCUCCCAGCAGAUACUGUUUUGUGGUUGAAGUCACAGUCCCAUGGAGUCUUUUUGCAGUUUUUGGUGGUGUUUUGUGUCUUUACAUCUUGGAGUCUCUUCUACCCCUUGAUUUUUCUGGUUUACUUGAGCCCAUGCCCACCCACAGAAAACAGGAUGUGCUCCUGAGAGCCAUGUAGGGCAGGGCAGGGUUCUGGACCAAGUGAGACACCAGCAAAGAUCUUCAGACUGUGCCAUGAGUUGUGGUCGAUGUUGAUUUAUUUACAAGAACCUCUUGUAAAUUUGUCAGGAUAUAGAUUAAUAAUUGGAAUAAAGUCCCACACCUUACCACUAGAGAAAUACACACAAGAUAGUCACUUAAGAAACUAAUGCUGGGUUCUAGAUAGUUCUUCUGACUGAUUUUACAGAUACUUGAUUCUGGCAAGUGUCAUUCUGAGGCCACUUUGCCAGCCCUGAAGUCUAGAAGACCUGUGUCAUUGGUAGAGACCCACUCGGUUCUGGGAACAACUCCUUGUUUUUUUCCCCCCAACUUGUUGGAAAACAAAGAAAAUAAAACAAUAGGAUAGAUUUAGGUA